CUUCCCUCUCCAUUCACACGCAGGGAGCCGCCGAAGAGAGAGCACCGCCGCUCCGUGACCAGAGAGGAAUGUCCCUAAGUUUUGGAAUUUAAAACCAUGGCGAGGAUAUCGAGCAUGAGGAUCACCUGAACCUGGCUCCAACCUCGUGUCUAUACGGAUGAUGUUCCCGAUGACGGCCUGCAACGCUAAGAGUGGGACAGCGGAUCAAUAGGACUAUUGUUUACCCUCCCUUAAACCCGCUCUCUCUCCCUCUAACUGUCCUUCUUCAUUCCUUGAAAGAAGAGAGAACCAAAACCUGACUGUGGAAUUGGUACCAGAGCUUGUACUCCUCAUCCUUCUCCUUCUCUCUUUCUCCUUCCCCAACCCCCUAAGCCUUUCCUCCUGACAGCCCAGAUAUGUGCCCCCUAGCUCGGUCAGCGGCUUCGCCUGGCCAGGGGAACUUCUUCCUCCUCUUGGGGCUCUUGCUUAUCAUGAGCUCAUCCUUCUCUGGAGGCCAACCCCCGCCCUUCAAAAGAUUUGCCCCUUCUGAGUCAGGGCUUACACAUCUGGCCAUCCACAACAAAACUGGGGAAGUCUAUGUGGGUGCUGUCAACUGGAUUUUUAAGUUGUCUAGCAACCUCACCAAACUGCGCAGCCACAUGACCGGCCCGGUGGUGGACAAUGAGAAGUGUUACCCUCCGCCGAGUGUCCAGUCAUGCCCUCAUGACUUGGCCCAAACCCCCAACGUGAACAAGCUGCUUCUCAUAGACUAUGCACAGAAUCGCCUCAUAGCUUGUGGCAGCACUUCACAGGGGAUCUGCCAGUUCCUCCGUUUGGACGACCUCUUCAAGCUGGGUGAGCCCCACCAUCGCAAGGAGCACUACCUCUCCAGUGUGGCAGAGUCAGGCACCAUGUCUGGGGUCAUCAUAAGUUCCCCUCACAGUCCGACGAGCAAGCUUUUUAUUGGAACACCCAUUGAUGGAAAGUCCGAGUACUUCCCUACGCUGUCCAGCCGCAAGCUGAUGGAGAAUGAAGAAAACGCGGACAUGUUCAGCUUUGUUUAUCAGGAUGAGUUCGUCUCCUCUCAGCUGAAGAUCCCCUCAGACACUUUGUCCAAAUUCCCUGCUUUCGACAUCUAUUAUGUGUAUAGCUUUAGCAGUGAACAGUUUGUGUACUAUCUGACGAUGCAGCUGGAUACCCAGUUGACCUCACCUGAUGCCAGCGGAGAGCAGUUCUUCACCUCCAAAAUUGUCCGCCUCUGCGUGGACGACCCCAAGUUCUACUCCUACGUCGAGUUCCCGAUUGGCUGCACUAAAGACGGGGUGGAGUACCGCCUGGUGCAGGAUGCCUUCUUGGCUAGGCCCGGCCGGCAGCUGGCCAACUCAUUGGGGAUCUCAGAGAAUGAAGACAUCCUCUUCACAAUCUUCUCACAGGGUCAGAAGAAUCGGGCCAAACCACCCAAAGAGUCAGCACUGUGCCUGUUCACCCUGAGGAGGAUAAAAGAAAAGAUCAAAGAAAGAAUUCAGUCCUGCUACAAAGGAGAUGGGAAGCUCUCCUUACCCUGGCUGCUUAACAAGGAGCUCGCCUGCAUCAACUCGCCACUCCAAAUCGACGAUAACUUCUGCGGCCAGGACUUUAACCAGCCUCUGGGAGGAACCAGCACCAUCGAGGGCAUCCCGCUCUUCAUCGACAAAGAUGAUGGCAUGACCUCGGUGGCAGCAUACGACUACCGCGGCAACACUGUUGCUUUUGUUGGCACAAGGAACGGAAAACUGAAGAAGAUCUUGGUGAACUCUGUGAGUCCCAAUCGUCCAGCCGUGCUCUACGAGAAGGUGACUGUGAGCGAAGCAGGAAGUCCCUUACUGAGAGACAUGCUGUUCAGCCCGGAUCAGCAGACCAUCUACACACUAACUGACAAACAGGUGGUGCGAGUUCCAGUGGAAAGCUGCGAGCAGUACACCACUUGUGGCGAGUGUUUGGGCUCCAGAGACCCUCACUGUGGAUGGUGUGUCCUUCACAAUGUUUGUUCACGCAAGGACCGCUGUGAACGAGCUGGAGAGCCUCAGAGGUUCGCCUCGGAUCAGAGGCAGUGCGUGGAGCUCACCGUUCAGCCGAGAAACAUCUCUGUCACCAUGUCUGAAGUCCAGCUGGUCCUCGAGGCUCGUAACGUGCCCGACCUGGCAGCGGGGGUCAACUGCUCCUUCGAGGACUACGUGGAGACGGAGGGACGGAUCCAGGGUGGACACAUCUUUUGCAUGUCUCCCUCCGUCCGGGAUAUUAUCCCAAUUACGAGGAACAAAGGUGACAAGCGGGUGGUGAAGCUCUAUCUGAAAUCCAAGGAGACGGGCAAGAAGUUUGCCAGUGUCGACUUUGUCUUCUACAACUGCAGUGUCCACCAAUCCUGCCUCUCCUGUGUGAACGGCUCCUUCCCAUGCCACUGGUGCAAGUACCGCCACAUGUGCACCCAGAAUGCCAACGACUGCUCUUUCCAGGAGGGACGCGUCAACAUCUCAGAGGACUGCCCUCAGAUUCUCCCCUCAACCCAGAUCUACAUCCCCGUCGGGGUGACAAAGCCUAUCACCUUAGCCGCCAAGAACCUGCCCCAGCCGCAGUCAGGACAGAGGAACUACGAGUGUGUCUUCCACAUCCAGGGGGAGACCCACAGUGUGCCCGCCCUGCGCUUCAACAGCACCUCCAUACAGUGCCAGAAAACAGCGUAUACCUAUGAGGGCAAUGACAUCAGUGACCUACCUGUGGAUUUGUCCGUGGUUUGGAAUGGGAACUUUGUCAUCGACAAUCCCUACAACAUCCAAGCCCACCUGUAUAAAUGCUAUGCGCUGAGGGACAGCUGUGGGAUGUGUCUGAAGGCAAACCCCAGGUUCGAGUGUGGCUGGUGCGUACAGGAGAAGAAGUGCUCCCUGAGGCAGGAGUGCACUCCUCCAGAGACCACAUGGAUGCACGCCACCACAGGAAACAGUCGCUGUGCACAUCCCAAGAUCACCAAGUUGUUUCCAGAGACGGGGCCCAGGCAGGGAGGAACCAUGCUGACCAUCACAGGGGAGAACUUGGGUCUGCAGUUUAAAGACAUCCAGAGUGGAGUCCGCAUCGGCAAGGUGGCCUGCAACCCUCAGGAGGACCAGUACAUCAGUGCUGAGCAGAUUGUUUGCCGGCUGAACGAUGCCACAGGUUACAGGGUGCAGGACGCUCAGGUAGAAGUGUGCGUCAGGGACUGCAUUCACCCGGACUACAAAGCAGUGUCCACCAAGGCCUUCACCUUUGUGUCUCCAUACUUUACCCUUGUAUCCCCUUCCACUGGGCCACUGUCUGGAGGAACAAGAAUCACCAUUAAUGGCAGUAAUCUCAAUGCAGGAAGCGCUGUAUCUGUAAAGAUAGGACUUCAUCCAUGUCGCUUUGAAAGGCGGAGCAGCAAGGAGAUAGUGUGUGUGACCCCGGCGGGACUAAACUCGGGCAACACCCCAGUCAUGGUGGACAUUAACGCUGCUGAGCUGAGAAACCCAGAGGUGAAGUUCAACUACACAGACGAUCCAACAAUCCUCAAGAUCGAGCCUGACUGGAGUAUCGCCAGCGGAGGAACCAUGUUGACCAUCACUGGAACCAAUCUGGCCACCAUCAAGGAGCCCAAAAUGAGAGCCAAGUAUGGAGCUGCCAAGUCAGAAAAUAACUGCACGGUUGUCAACAACACUGUGAUGGUGUGUCUGGCGCCUUCUGUGGCCGGAUCUGACAAAAGCUUCUCUGAGGCGGGCAGCAGUCCUGAUGAGAUCGGCUUUGUCAUGGAUGACGUGCGCUCUGUGCUGGUGGUAAACGAGACGUUCAGCUACCACCCGGACCCCGUGUUUGAACCUCUGAGCCCCUCAGGCAUGCUGGAGCUGAAGCCCAGCUCACCACUCAUACUCAAGGGUCGUAACCUAAUUCCUUCAGCUCCAGGAAACUCUAAGCUGAACUACACGGUGCUGAUCGGAGAGACGCCCUGCGUUCUCACCCUGUCAGAGAGCCAGCUGCUGUGUGAAUGGCCUAAUCUGACCGGAGAACAUAAAGUCACUGUGCGCGUUGGAGGCUUUGAAUACUCACCAGGGACCUUGCAGAUCUACUCAGACAGCUUGCUCACUCUACCUGCCAUCAUCGGUAUCGGAGGAGGUGGUGGACUGCUCCUGCUUGUCAUCAUUGUGGUGCUCAUCGCCUAUAAGAGAAAGUCGAGAGACGCUGACCGCACCCUGAAACGGCUGCAGCUGCAGAUGGACAACCUGGAGUCCAGGGUGGCCCUUGAGUGCAAGGAAGCCUUUGCGGAGCUUCAGACGGACAUCCAUGAACUCACUCAAGAAUUGGACGGAGCAGGAAUCCCCUUCCUGGAGUAUCGCACCUACGCCAUGAGGGUUCUCUUCCCUGGGAUAGAGGACCACCCUGUGCUCAAGGAGAUGGAGGUACGGGUCCCCGCCAAUGUGGAGAAGGCCUUGACCCUUUUUGGCCAGCUGCUUACCAAAAAGCACUUCCUGCUGACCUUCAUCCGCACCUUGGAGGCGCAGCGCUCCUUCUCUAUGCGCGACCGGGGCAACGUGGCCUCUCUCAUCAUGACAGCACUGCAGGGGGAGAUGGAGUAUGCAACGGGUGUCCUCAAACAGCUCCUGUCUGACCUCAUUGACAAAAACCUGGAGAGCAAGAAUCACCCCAAGCUCUUACUCAGGAGGACGGAGUCGGUCGCUGAGAAGAUGCUCACCAACUGGUUCACCUUCCUGCUUUACAAGUUCCUCAAGGAGUGUGCUGGCGAGCCUCUCUUCAUGCUGUACUGUGCCAUGAAGCAGCAAAUGGAGAAGGGACCGAUAGACUCCAUCACAGGAGAGGCCCGCUACUCCCUCAGCGAGGACAAACUCAUCAGGCAGCAGAUUGACUACAAGACUUUGACGCUGCACUGUGUGAACCCAGAGAACGAGAACGCUCCGGAGGUGACGGUGAAGAGCCUGAACUGUGACACGGUGACGCAGGUGAAGGAGAAGCUGCUGGACGCCGUGUACAAAGGCACACCAUACUCCCAGAGACCCAAGGCCUCCGACAUGGACCUGGAAUGGCGGCAGGGUAGGAUGGCUCGCAUCAUCCUGCAAGACGAGGACGUCACCACAAAGAUAGACAACGACUGGAAGAGACUCAACACCCUGGCUCACUACCAGGUGACAGAUGGCUCUGUGAUCGCCCUGGUGCCCAAACAGAACUCAGCCUACAACAUCUCUAACUCCUCCACAUUCACCAAGUCCCUCAGCCGAUACGGUACGAGAGAAGAGAGCAUGCUGAGGACAGCCAGCAGUCCAGACAGCCUGCGCUCACGAACACCCAUGAUCACCCCCGACCUCGAGAGCGGCACCAAACUCUGGCACCUGGUCAAGAACCAUGACCACUCGGACCAGAGGGAAGGGGACAGAGGCAGCAAGAUGGUGUCUGAAAUCUACCUGACCAGACUGCUAGCCACAAAGGGUACACUCCAGAAGUUUGUGGAUGACCUCUUUGAGACCAUCUUCAGCACAGCGCACAGAGGAAGCGCUCUGCCUCUCGCCAUCAAGUACAUGUUUGACUUCUUGGAUGAGCAGGCAGACAAACACUCCAUAUCAGAUUCCGAUGUACGGCACACAUGGAAGAGCAACUGUCUUCCUCUGCGGUUCUGGGUGAACGUGAUCAAGAACCCGCAGUUUGUCUUUGACAUCCAUAAGAACAGCAUCACAGACGCCUGCUUGUCCGUGGUGGCUCAGACCUUCAUGGACUCCUGUUCAACAUCAGAGCAUAAACUGGGGAAAGACUCGCCUUCCAACAAGCUGCUUUAUGCUAAAGACAUCCCCAACUAUAAGAACUGGGUAGAGAGGUACUACUCAGACAUCUCCAGGAUGCCGGUCAUCAGUGACCAGGACAUGAGCGCGUACCUCGCAGAGCAGUCGCGCCUGCAUGCAAACCAGUUCAACAGCAUGUCAGCCCUACAUGAGAUCUACUCCUACAUUGUCAAGUACAAGGAUGAGAUCUUGUCAGCGUUGGAGCGGGACGAGCAGGCGAGGAGACAGAGACUGAGGAGCAAGUUGGAGCAGGUCAUCGACACAAUGGCCCUGAGCAGCUGAGGACCAUCCAGCACCUCUAAUCUCCUCUUCUUCUUCACUCCUCAUCUCCAUCUGUCUCUCCCUCUCGCUCCUCUCAUCCGGACAACAAACAAAACUCCAAACCCCCACAACAUGACAGAUGAACUGCAAAAAGACUGAAGCAGUGUACUGUAAACGAGGGUGGGGGGGGUUCAGCAGAGAUGGGCGGGCCUGUGUGCGCUUACAUCUGUAUGUGUGUGUUUGUGUGCAGCCCUGAACAGUGUGUGGGCUGGUGUCUGUGUGAGAGACUCGGACACCGGACUUGUUCACACACAGACACAUGGAGAAACAUGUCAACUGACAGCAUUAGAUUAUUGUGGACGUUGGUGUUUGUUGUUUGCUUGAUUUUGAUUUUAGGAGUUUUGUUGUACUGACGCCAUGGUCAGGAAAGAAACAAAGGAAACCUGGACAGGAACUCCAUAUAUGGCGUCAUUAGCAGGACAUGAUGAGCCAAUGGAGAGAGGCUCUCAAGGUAAUGUGACUCCACGGGUGUCACAUUUUUAAAGGAUGUUAGUUUUUUUUUGUAUAAAUGUAAUCGACUGCCCACUCUCUGAUCUCUCGCCACUUGUAUUACUGCUGAAUUUGCACAAUUUACAGAAAUGUUACAAAGGAAGACAAUAUAGAUAUUAUAUAAAUACAGCUACAUAAAAAAAAAGAUUAGAGAGAAAACAUUUUUGGUUGUUCUUCUUUUUUCAUUUUGAGCCAACAAAUACAA